UAAGUAAACGAGUCUUGGUCGGGGAGUUAGUUAGGGUUUCUCCCCUCCAAUUUUCCCUCCACAUUCAUGCAAAUAACUGCAUUUCUCUCUCUUCUCCUGCAUAAUUAUUCUAUAUAUUUCCCAAAUCAGUCACUCUCGAUUAAAAAUUGUCACUGAUAUUCUCUGUUUUCAUAAACUACAGCAGAUUUGAAUCGCCCAAUUUUUGUUUAAACCACUGUAUUGGUGCUUUACGGUUGCUUGUUGAGUGAAAGAUAUGAGCAUUUUCGAAUUUCAGUCUGAGAAUCCGAGACUUUUCUCCAUGGGAAACCAGGCUCCGUCGGUACUGGAUUCAUGCUCCGACGAGGAGGCGGCUUUCGGCGAUAAGGAAGACGGUGAUUGGUUGUCGAGGCUACUGGUUGAGGCCGGCGGAAAUACAGAUGAUGAUUCCGGCGACGUCGUUUUUGUAAGUGAGCUGUUCCCCAAAAUCCGAUCUGAUUCUGUGAAGGCGCUGGCUAAGGCUGUUGUUGAUGACGAAGGUGAUGAUGAUUGUAUGGUUUUGGAUGGUGACCCUGACAAUCCGGUGGUCGCCGUCAAUGAUAAGGCUGACGGUGGUGAUUCCGAUGAACUCGAGAUUGUUGGUGAGAAGGGUGAGGUGGCGUGCAGGGAUUUUCCUCACUCCCGGCAUCUUUGUGCUAAGUAUCUCUUUGCUUCUACGGCGCAUGAAGUCCAUUGUGGCCUGUGUCACUGUUAUGUGUGUGACACACUGGCUCCGUGUCUCCAUUGGGGCACUGGCGCUAGCAGCACUGAACAUUGCCAUGCUAGUGAUAAAGACGAAUAUUGGAGAGCAGAGCGGAAGCGUGCAAAGAAAAGUUAUAAGCCUUCGGCUGUGCAAAGUACGACUACUACUAGUACUAGGCCGGGGUGUCAUCCAUCACAACCAAACUCGUUGCCUCAGCAUCAGGGUGUUAAGCGUGUCGCGAUCCGCCCUUGUGUUCUUUCUUCAGCAUUUGGUUUGCCAAAUGCCAUGAAUCGAGAAAGAAGCCAAGUACCUCGGUAUCAUGCUCCUGAAUAUAACCCUCAAUCAAUGUUAGCCCCAGUGCGGUCACACCCUAGAAGUACUAACACUGUUUCUCCAAAGGUUACUCUUAUGAAUACUCUUAUGAACAAACACCACCAUGUAGGAGUACAAAAUCCUCUGUCCUCCUAUCAUCCAGUCUUCAAGCGGAACGGGUUAAGUGGGCCUUUCACAAAUAAUAAUCACGCGCAUGGGUCUCAAUUAUCUAGAGACCCACCUCUGAACAGGCACCCUGCGUUCCAGGCUCCUGUCACAAAUGGCCGCCAUGACGCAAAUCAGCUUAUGUAUGGAAGUCCGGCUGCUGGAUUACCUUCUCGCUACCUGCCUUCUGAAGCUCAGAUAACCUCCCAGCCAAUUCUCAGCCGUCGGAAUCGUACUUACAUACCACACCAAUCUCAAAUGCCUUCUCAACCAUCUGUGAGUGGAAGCUCUUUGGGGUCACCACCAUUGCAACCCUACCAAUGUACCGAACCAAGUGUGGGAUAUGUCACGAAGUCCACUGUCCCUCAACCCUAUAUUGCAUAUGCACCCGACAACCAUGCACCUUAUCAGACUGUUGGUCACUGGCAGUUGGAUGCUGGCAAUACUUUGCCGGAUCAAUUGCAUUCAAGAUCCACAAUAUCCGCUCAACUGCAAAAGCAAAACAAUCCUACUUCCAUGUUCACAUGUGUCCAAAAUGAUGUCCAGCAUCAGUAUCAUACUCAAAGUGGUAUUGGUUCAAAUCCAGCAGAUAUUGUCCUCUUUCGUGAUUCCUUUGUCGGCCAUGGCAAUAUGCAGAGUCAUGCGGCGAAUGGGGCACUGGCUGGGACAUCACAAGCACAAACUAUACAACAUGAUUGGCCAAGCAUGACAACGCCUUUGGGUGUGGACAAUCCCCCUCAACAGAAUGCUGAAGUAGCUGCUUAUUCCUCCACAAUAGAUGUUGCUGACUACCAGUUUCCUGAAAGUAGAGAACCUGACUCGUUCCAACUUCAAUUUCUUGGCAAUUCGAUGUUCGGAAAUCAAUCAGUUAUAGGGGCUGUGGAAGCUGCUGCUUCACCUAAUGUAUACUCAUCAGAAACUGCUUUUGCAGAUACCGAUUAAGGAGAGCGGAGAAUGCACUCACUUUCUUUAGAUACUUGUCGACAAGCAAAGGUACUUGUGAGCGACUCUUGAAACCACCAAAUGCUGUGCCCUUCCAGACACGGCCAGUCACCAGCUGAAAAGGACGUGUGGAGAUCUCUUGACCAGAAGCUGCAACGCCCACAAUAACUGAUGUUCCCCAACCCUAAAAGUUUUGUACAAACGAUCAGUAAUUCGUGCAUCUUUAUAUGAUAACAUAUAAUUUUGUGGCGUUA